AUGACAAAAGGUGGGAAGGUCAAGCUGCUUGGGCUCAAAACGGAAACAGCAGAUCUUAGUCAUAUGAGGAGAUCUUUUACUCUAGUGGAUCUACUGCUGUUACUAGCAUUGUUCAGUGACGCUCCAUGGGCUAUCAGGGGCAGCUCACAUUGCGAAUGGUGCAACCCGCCAAAGAUUCGUCCUCACAGUGUCUCUAUUACUGAAUUUGGCGCAGUUGGAGAUGGGGUCACUCUCAACACAAAGGCAUUCCAGAAUGCCAUCUUCUAUCUCAAUUCAUUUGCUGACAAGGGUGGGGCCAAGCUCUUCGUCCCACCUGGCCGGUGGUUGACAGGAAGCUUUGAUCUGAUCAGUCAUCUGACAUUGUCAUUAGAUAAGGAUGCUGUCAUUCUUGGAUCAACUAACUCUGAUGAUUGGCCAGUUAUUGAUCCGCUACCAUCAUAUGGCCGAGGGAGGGAGUUGCCUGGGAGGAGGCACAAAAGCCUCAUUUAUGGUCGUAAUUUAACAGAUGUUAUUAUAACAGGCGACAAUGGAACUAUUGAUGGUCAAGGCAGCAUAUGGUGGAACUGGUUCCGAAAUGAAACCCUGGACUAUACCCGCCCCCAUCUGGUUGAAUUGAUGAACACUACUGGGUUGGUCAUCUCAAACCUGACCUUCUUAAAUUCACCAUUCUGGACCAUCCACCCUGUUUACUGCAGCCAAGUUAUUGUCCAGAAUGUCACAAUCCUUGCUCCUCUUGAUUCACCAAACACCGAUGGGAUUGAUCCGGAUUCUUCUGAUGAUGUUUGCAUUGAAGACUGUUAUAUUAGCACCGGUGAUGAUAUAAUUGCCAUCAAAAGUGGGUGGGAUGAGUAUGGCACAUCCUAUGGUCGUCCUAGCAAAAACAUUACCAUUCGCCGGCUUGUUGGACAAACUACUAGCGCAGGGAUUGCAAUUGGAAGUGAGAUGUCUGGAGGAGUGUCGGAGGUUCAUGCAGAAAAUCUCACAUUCUACAAUUCAACUACAGCCAUAAGGUUCACUGGUCGAUAUGGAGAGCACCCAGACGACGAUUAUGAUCCAAAGGCUCUGCCUCUAAUAGAACGCAUAACCAUUGAGGAUGUCACAGGACAGAACAUUAAAUAUGCUGGCCUUUUAGAGGGUAUAGAAGGGGAUACUUUUCUUGACAUUUGCCUAUCAAACAUUAACCUCAGCGUGACCUCCAAGUCUCCGUGGAAUUGUUCUUAUAUCCAAGGGUAUUCUGACGCAGUUUCUCCAGAAAUUUGUGACCCUCUCAGGGAGAGAAUCUUCCCUGACCAUUACUCAGAUUGUUACUAUCCAACACAUCACUUGGAAAGUUCAGGUAAACAAAACAGAGGCGCUUGGUUGUCUUGGUAA